GGGUUUAAAUUUAAUGAUGUUAAUUAAAACCAAACCACCUUUACUAAAGUAAAAGACAACCGAAACCCACUAACAAUCCAGCAAACCAAAACAGAUACGCCCUCCGCCAUUAAAACACCCUCUCCAAGAAAAGCUUCUUCUCAAAACCCUCCCAAAUCAGCAAACAUAGGGUUACUCGAAGAACCCCACCGUAACUCCACCGAGGACUCGAGUUCUUGCUUUGGUUUGAGGAAGAAGAGCAGCAAAAACCACAAGGAGAAAGCGAAGAUGACUCAGACCAACGCCGGAGCUGGAACUGGAGCCGCCGCCACGACGGAGCCUCCUCAGAGCGACGAGAUGGUUUUGCAUACUGGAAGCUUGAGCUUCAGCAGCCAUAUGUCUAAAGAAGACGAGGAGAUGACUCGUUCUGCGCUCUCUGCGUUUAAAGCUAAAGAGGAUGAGAUUGACAAGAGGAGGAUGGAAGUUCGUGAACGGAUCCAGGCUCAGUUGGGUCGGGUCGAAGAAGAAACCCGACGACUCUCCACCAUUCGCGAGGAGCUUGAGUCUAUGGCAGAUCCUAUGAGGAAGGAAGUGUCUAUGGUUCGUAAGAAGAUUGAUAGUGUUAACAAAGAACUCAAACCUCUAGGUUCCACUGUUCAAAAGAAGGAAAGGGAAUACAAAGAAGCACUUGAUACAUUCAACGAGAAGAACAGGGAGAAAGUGCAGCUGAUCACCAAACUUAUGGAGAUGGAACAGUUGGUAGGAGAAAGCGAGAAGUUGAGGAUGAAGAAGCUGGAGGAGCUGAGCAAGAGCAUUGAGAGCGUGUGAAUGUGGUUCAAGAACUAACUGGGUUUAGGAUCGUCUGGUUCGUUGUGUGAAUGUACCUAGUUUACAUUUUGUGAGAAGUGUGUAUUUUUAAGAUUGUGGGUGUUUUUGUUAGUUUUGAAAUAUCUUGGGGUUGGUUUGUAAAAUUAACGAAAUUAGAGAGUGAAUGGGAGAUUAUUAGGAUA